AUGACGACCUCAAGACCAAGUAGCGGAAACACGAUGGCGGGUUACAAAAGACAAUUGAAUAGCAGGACUAGAGAGGGUUCGGAGCAGUGUAAUGAGUAUCAGAAUGAGCUUUCGACAAUCGGAAUGCGUAUCAGGCAGGCGGUAGACAACGGCUACCAGGCCCCCCACGAUCCUGUAAGAGGGCGUGAUGAUGCUCAGGACCAGUUUUCGAAUGUUUGUGUGCAAGAUAACUCACGGUUUACAACCCCUGAAUACAAGAGAACGUCUAUGGAGGGUGGCAGGCAGCCACCGAUGCUUGUGAACCAGCGUACUAUGUCUUCAUCUUCGUCGUUAGAAGCGUGGGAGACGAAUCUAGAUGAACGUUUAAGUUUGAUUGAGAACGCGAUAAUGCGCAACAAGUUAGGGGCAGGCGAUUUUAUGAUGAGUGGUACCAAGAGAGGGUUUGAUCAGCUAGAAAUGGAUAGGUGGUAG